GCGGCGUGGUCUCAAUGGGGGAGCGUGGUCCGCUGGCGGGGGCGGAUGGGAACUUGGCGGCACUGGCGGAGCUGGACGAGGCGGUACUCCUAGACGGGCUGCGGGAGCGGUUCCUGCGGCAGCAGGUCUACACUGACAUCGGGGACAUCCUCAUCGCCAUGAAUCCCUUCCAGCCCCUGCCGCUCUAUGGGAGAGAGGUCUCCGAGCGGUACCGACACCACGAGAAAGGCACGCUGCCGCCCCACAUCUUCGCCGUGGCCAGCCGGGCCUACCACGCCAUGCUGGGCCGCGGGGGUGGCGGGCCCCGGAGCCAGUGUAUCGUUAUCAGUGGAGAGAGUGGUGCAGGAAAAACAGAGAGUGCGAAGCUAUUGUUGCAGCACAUAAUGAACCUAUGCAAAGGCAACUCUCAGCUGGAGCAGCAGAUCCUUCAGGUAAAUCCAUUGCUUGAAGCUUUUGGCAAUGCCCAGACUGUGAUGAAUGACAACAGCAGCCGCUUUGGAAAGUACUUACAGCUGCGUUUCCAGAAGAACACAGUGCAAGGUGCAAAGCUGAGUGAAUACCUGCUGGAGAAGUCACGGGUAGUACAACAAGAUGCUGGGGAGAGGAAUUUCCAUAUAUUCUACUACAUGUUUGCUGGGCUUUCUUCAGAGGAAAAGGAGAUGUAUGGGCUCUUGGAUCCUUCACUUUACAGGUACAUAAGUGGACAGUACGGUACACAGGAGGUAGCACAGCGCUGGAAGCACAAAUACCAAGAGGUGUGCAAUGCCCUUGACAUGGUGGGCUUCCAAGAACAGGAGCAAGUGGACAUGCAAGUUAUCUUGGCUGGUGUGUUGUCUCUGGGCAACGUGACCUUUGUCCCUGAGGAAAGCAAUGGAUCUGUAAAAGUGAGUGAAGCCUCCCAAGGAUGGCUGAAAGCUGCAGCGGGUCAGUUUGGAGUCCAAGAGGAUGAACUGUUGAAAUGCCUUGUGUGUACGAUGUCAGUGACCCGAGGUGAGCAGAUUCAGCGUUUUCACACCCAGCAGCAGGCAGAAGAUGCUCGUGACUCCAUUGCAAAGGUGGCAUAUGGACGUGUAUUUGGCUGGAUUGUUUGCAAGAUCAAUGAGCUGCUGGCUGAGAAUGUGGAUCCUCAGGUAGAGCUGAGUGAGAUAGGCAUCUUGGAUAUUUUUGGGUUUGAAAAUUUUGCAGUGAACCGUUUUGAACAGCUUUGCAUAAACUUGGCCAAUGAGCAGCUGCAGCACUUCUUCAACCAUCACAUAUUCCAGCUUGAGCAGGCUGCUUAUAAGGAGGAAGAACUACCUUGGGAGACUAUCCCUUUCAACAACAACGAACCUGUUCUGAAUCUGCUUCUGGCCAAACCACUUGGGCUGCUGUCCCUUCUAGAUGAGCAAAGUGCUUUCCCUCAGGCAACUGAUAAGACAUUUGUGGAUAAACUAAACAGCAGCUUCAAGGGGAACUUGUACUUCCAGCCAGGACGAGGCCGUGUUUUGGGCUUCAGCAUCAUCCACUAUGCUGGGAAAGUGCAGUAUACUGCUGGAGGCUUUCUGGAGAAGAACAGGGACACCUUGCCAGCCAGCAUCCGUGGACUCUUCAUCAACAGCGUCACACCUUUGCUCAGCGUGCUCUUCACAGCCACAAUCUCCAGGACAGGGACACUGAUGCCUCAUGUGAAAGCCAAGGUCGUAGCAGGAGCAGACAACAAGUUCAACAGCACACGUAAACAGUCUGCUGGAGCUCAGUUCCGGCAUUCUUUGAUGGUGCUCAUGGAGAGGAUGUAUUCUGCUAACCCACACUUUGUGCGCUGUAUAAAGCCCAACAGCAAGAAGGAGCCAGGUGUGGUGGACAGCCAGCUGGUACUGCAGCAGCUCCGGUACAAUGGCCUGCUGGAGACAAUCCGCAUCCGAAGAGAUGGUUUCUCCUGGAGACCCACGUUUGAGGAAUUUGUUGAAAGAUAUGGGAUUAUUCUAGUUAAACCAAAUGUUUCCCUCACAAAAGAAAGCUGCUUGGAGAUACUGCAAAGUACAGAGCUGUCGGGCUGGAUAUGUGGAAAAACACGACUUUUCUUUAAAUAUUGGCACCAGGAAGAGCUGGCAAAGUAUGUGGGGCAGCUGGAAAGAGCAGCGGCUGUCAUACAGAAAGUUUUCAGGGGGUUCAGGUGCAGGAAAAAUUACCUAAACCUGAUGGCUGAGCUGAGAGCUCAGGCACAGCAUCUACAGGAGGAAGCAGAGAAAGAAAGAAGCCAGCGGCUGGCAAUGGAAGCAGAGGCACAGAAAAAGAUCUCGCUUCCAGUCCCCAUGCCACGAAAGAGACACCUUCACCCUCAUCUCUCUUCUUCCAGUAAGGAAACAAAGCCACCAGUGCCACGGCCACGCAGCAAACUAACAGAGUCCACUCCUUUUGAUAAUUUUUUGGACCCUUCUGCACCUCACCCUGCUCUGAGGACAGAGGGACAGCCUGGAGAAGAGGCAAUAAUGAGAAAACUGAAGAGAGGAGAAACUAUUCGCUGGUUCAAAGAGACACAGGCCAAGAAGGUCGUGCAGGAUGAUGGAGCCUUCCCAAGCUGGUUGCGUGGGAUGAUCAGUCGGAGGGAAGCGGAAAACUUGCUGAAGGACAAGCCUUUGGGUUGCUUCCUCGUUCGGAUCAGCCAGAGCCGGCCGGGUUACACCUUGACAUACAAGGGUGAAGGCCGCUGCAGACACUACAUGGUUCAGAUGCAGCCUAAUGCACGCUACAUCAUCCUGGGUGAGGACCGGGCUCACGCCUCGCUCACCGAACUGGUUGAGUACCACCAGACUGUGGGCAUCAAGCCCUUCAUGGAGUUACUGACUGUUCCUUGUGAGCAGAAAAGUGAGAAUUUGGAUUGCAAAGAUCUGGAGUGCCUCACACUGGAUCCAUCAGCAGCCAAGAGGGAGGCCCCUCCAGAGCAGCAGCCCUGCUCCUCCAUGCCUUCCACCUGCAAGCCUGCUGUGCAGUCAGGAGCAGUGAAGGCUCUCAAACAUGUGUGGCUGAGGAGGAGCAAGAACUUGCAAAAUAAGCAGAGCUUUAACAAAAACAAUACACAGACAAGCUCAGGCAAGAAGAGAGGCAGCCUACAAGCCUUCCCUCGCCUCCACACUUCCAUACGCCGGGCAAUGCAGGAAAUCCAGCAGCUCCCUUCUGCUCCCCUGAAGACCUCUGUACAGACUUGUUGUCUACCUGCUAGCACUGAUGAUGUAGAGCCCCAGUGACACGGUCAAAGCUGCUCAGCUCUGCCCUCUCCCAGUGCUGCCAAGAGAACAUACACAAACAGACAGUGGCCUUUUUUUCUUUAUUAUUUUUUUUUCUUUAUACUUUUUCUGCACCCAACUGGACUUGUGCCUUUAGAUAGGACUGCUGCAGAAACUUAACUUUCAUCAGCACUCAGCCAGUCUGCACUACCUGGACCAGUUGUACCCUGGCAGAGGGGAGACAAAGGAACAGUCAGUCUGCACAGACCUGCCAUGCCUGGCAGCCUGUGUGUCCGUACUUCGGUGUUCCUGGGGACCCUCCACCUCGCACUGUUAAUAGUCACAAAGUGGGUAUCUACCAACAGCCUGUUCUCUUGCAGAACAAGUUGCACCGAUUUUCUACCUCUUUCUUUUCAAGCCCUCCAUUUGUUUUGGUCCUAUGUAUCUGCUGCUCAAGGUGCUAAGGGAUGCUGAGCUUGGGCAGUGGGGAGUGAAACUGGUGUGUCUAUAUAGAAUCACUUAGGUUGGAAGGGACCUUAGAGAUCAUCCAAGCCAACCUCCCUGCCAUGGGCAGGGACACCUCUCAAUUAGACUCAAGGCCUCAUCCAACCUGACCUUAACCAACCACAGGGAGGAGGCAUCCACAACCUCCCUGGGCAGCAACCCAUUCCAGAAUCUGAUCCAGAAUCUGAUCACCUUGGUGCUGCAGAACUAAGAUCUAAACUUAACUCUCCUUGAGCUUUAAACCAUUUACCCUUGUUCUAUUGCUAGACAUCCUAUGAAAAGUCCCUCUCCAGCCUUCCUGUAGGAUCCUUUCAGAUGUUGGAGGGCAACUAUGGGGUCUAUUAUGGAGUCUUUAGGCUGAACCACAUCAGCUCCCUCAGCCUAUCCUCACAGCAGAGAUGUUUCCAGCACUUGGACCAUCUUUGCGGCCCUCUAGGGGCCACUGCUGAGUGCAGGAGCACUUGAACAACAGCUGAAACAAGGGGCAAGAUCUUUCUGCAGAAGAGAGUUCUGCCCUUGCGUCAGUGCACUGGCACACUGUUUCUCAAUCCUUAGCCAGUGCUCAAGUUGGAGUAUCAUUGCUGCAACCACCUUGGUCAUCUUAUUUGGAAUCACUCUAAGUCAGGGCUGGACAAGAUGUUACUUUGCACUGAGGAUAGAGGGCUUGCAACAUACAAGACCAUGUUACUCGUUAUGUGUUUUCUGCCUUUUGAAAUAAAUCUAUUUUCAUUGAAA